AUGGAUGCGCCAAGCCAGCAUGUGCUGGAGCGCAGCGCGGUGCUGCUGCUGCCAGACGGCACCCUCGAGGCGCGCUUCACUGUGGGGCUGCCGGCGCAGGGCCGCUCCAUCAUGGGCCAGUGGGCGGCGCAGAUUCUGGUGCAGAACCUGCCAGGGUGGGUGGAGCAGGGGCUGCUGUACGCGCGGCAGGAUCAGGCCGCCAUCUGGCACCACAUCCAGGUCGUGGAGGAUACGGAGGCGCUAAGGGCGGCGCUGCCCGCGGCCGGCCUGGUGGCCGGCGCGAGCGACGCGCCCAUGCCCGCGGCCUCCGCGGUCCCCUUCUCGGCCCCCGACCCGCUCGCCGUCACCCUGGCCGCGCCCCACCGCGGCGCGGUGCGGGGGCUGGGCGUGAGGGCGGGGGUGACGCUUAUUGUUGGGGGCGGGUUUCACGGGAAGAGCACCCUGCUGGACGCCAUCCAGGUCGGCUGCUACAAUAAGGUGCCCGGUGACGGCCGGGAGCUGGUGGUGUCCCUGGAGGACUGCGUCAAGGCGAGCGGCGGUUGCGGGCGGUUGCAGGCGGUUGCGGCGGUUGGACCGGCGCUUAUCAGGGCGGAGGACGGCCGCCGCGUGGAGGGCGUGGACAUCCGCCCCUUCAUAGGGGACCUGCCCGGCGGCAGGGACACGGCCGCGUUCCGCAGCGACGACGCCAGCGGGUCCACCUCCCAGGCUGCAAACAUUCAGGCGGGUAUCGGGCGGCGGGCAGGGGGUGCAUGGGGCGGGGGCGGGGCCUUCGGCGCCGCUCUCCGCGAGCGCUGGGAGGCGCUAGAGGCCGGGUCCCGCCUGCUGCUGCUGGACGAGGACACCUGCGCCACAAAUUUGAUGGUCAGGGACGCCCGCAUGGCCGCCCUGGUGGCGCGGGAGCCAAUCACGCCGCUGACUCAGCGCAUAGGGUGA